UCCGAUGUACCGGUCCUCUUUGUGCGUUUCCAGUUAGUCUUGAAUCCCGAAUUCGUUGGAGGGUGUUGGAGGGUUAUGAAUCGUCGUUGUCCCUGCGGACGCAAGGAGAGAUAAUGGCGGACGAUUUCCCAUAUCGCGUGGAAUAUUCGAAGAGCUCCAGGGCGUCUUGUCAAGCUUGCAAAAACCAAAUCGCGAAGGAAACCCUGAGACUAGCCGUGAUCGUUCAGAGUCCAUUCCACGAUGGCAAGAUACCCAAGUGGUAUCACGCUAAGUGUUUCUUUCUCAAGCAAAGGCCGCAAUCGACCAACGACAUCGAACAUUUCGACAGUAUUCGCUGGGAGGAUCAGCAGGAGUUGAAGAAAAAAAUCGAAGCGGCAGCGUCGUCGCCAGGUCCUGCUGCCGGGAAAGGGAAGAAACGGUCGAAGGCAGGUGGUGGCGAGUCUAAGGAUUUCAAGAUUGAGUACGCAAAGUCAAGCAGAGCUGCGUGUCGAGGUUGCGAGGAGAAGAUAACUAAGGGAGAGAUAAGAAUAUCCAAGAAAGAUUAUGAAACCGACGAUGCCAAAAGGUACGGGGGAAUCGAUCGGUGGCACCAUGCCGAGUGUUUUGCAAAGCUGCGAGCGGAGUUGCAAUUCCUGGAGAGUGGGGAAGUGCUUGCGGGUUUCAAGAGCCUUUCCAAGGAGGAUCAGGCAAUGAUUAAGAAAAGUCUGCCCGAGAUCAAGGAAGAGGAGGUUCCCGUGAAGAAGAUUAAAACGGAGACCGAUACAUCCCCGGAUGAAAAGUUAAUGAAGGAGCAGAAUCAGAAAAUGUUCGCUUUAAGAGAUCAAAUUGCUACGCUGACCAAGCCGCAACAAAUUGAGAUUCUUGAACAUAACGAGCAAUACGUUCCUAGCGGAGUAUCGAGCAUUUGUGAUUUACUGGCCGAUGUCAUGACUUUCGGAUCAUUGGAGCCUUGUUCGAAAUGUGCCGGAAAGCUGACGUACAAAAGUGGAGUCGGUUAUCACUGUACAGGAGACUUAAUGGAGUGGGCUAAAUGCGAGUUCUCUACCGAUGAUCCGAAAAGAAAACCGAUUCGCAUACCCUCUGAGCUGAAAGAGACGAUCCCCUUUUUGGAGGCGUUCAAGCCAAAGGUGGAAAAGCGUUUAAUCAAGAAAGUGGCACCAUCGACAUCAAGCCAGGUAAAAAAGGAAGACCAAGUGGACAGCGGUCCGAAGAUCCAAGGUAAACCGAAGCCCUUAAAGAACAUGCAGUUCGUCAUCCUGGGACGUACACAGAAGGACAAGGAAGAGCUGAAGAAGGAGAUCGCCCACCUGGGUGGGAAAGUGGUGACGAAGAUCCACGAUAAACUGGCAGCGGUGAUAUCCAACCCUACCGAGGUGGGGAAGAUGAACAAGAGGAUGGAGGAGGUGAAAGCACAGGACAUCCAAGUGGUGACGGAGGACUUUAUCGAAGAGGCCAAGGAGUUCUCCUCAGCUCCGUUCAUGUUAAUCAAGAAGAAGAGUAUCUGCGAUUGGGGCAGUGAUCCGCAGGCCAGGUUGGCAGAAUUAAUGGUGAACGAUAAGAAAUCCAAGAGUAAAAGCAGGUUCGAGAAGUCACCCUCUGGCAAGGUGAAGCUGCGAGUCAAAGGAGGUGGAGCCGUAGACCCUGAUAGUGGGCUAGAAAACGAGGCCCAUGUCUACGAAGAGGGCAAGGUUAAGUAUACGGUGUCUCUGGGCAUCACCGAUAUCCAGGCGCACAAGAACAGCUACUACAAGAUGCAGAUCCUGAAGCACGACAAGCGGAACAAGUUCUGGCAGUUCAGGAGUUGGGGUCGCAUCGGAACCACUAUCGGAGGGACUAAAUUAGAUAAGCUUGACCUGGACCAUUGCAUCGAUGAGUUCAAGAAGCUCUACGAGGAGAAGACAGGGAACCUCUGGACCCAGAGAGAUCACUUCGUCAAGGUGCCCCAUAAGAUGUACCCAUUAGACCUGGACCACGGAGAGGACGACGAAAACACAAAGAAGCUCUUCGAGUCGGAUAUCCCCAGCAAGCUGAAGAAACCGGUGCAAGACCUGAUCAGGCUUAUCUUCGAUGUGGAGACCAUGAAGAAGGUGAUGAUGGAGUUCGAGAUCGACAUGGACAAGAUGCCUCUAGGCAAAAUUUCAAAGAAGCAGAUCCAGCAAGCCUACGCAGUGUUAACCGAAGUCCAGAGAUUAGUGUCGAGUGGUGACGCAGACAGAACGGUGUUGAUAGAUGCUACCAAUAGGUUCUACACGUUGAUUCCCCAUGACUUUGGAAUUGCCGAUCCCAAAGUGCUGAGCACAGUGCAGGACGUGCAAGAGAAGCUGGCCAUGCUGGAGGCUCUCGAUGAGAUGGAGAUAGCGUAUAACCUCCUUCAUGGUAAGACCGAUGCCUCGAAGAAUCCUAUCGAUGGCCACUACGAGCAGCUAAAUGCUGACAUCGAUGUACUCGAGAGGUCCUCCAAGGAGUUCAAGCUCAUCGAGGAGUACGUUAAGAACACCCAUGCUCCUACGCACACUCAGUAUGCUCUCGAGAUCGAAGAGGUAUUUGUCGUUAAGAGGAACAAAGAGGACCAGAGAUACAAGCCGUUCAAGAAACUUCAUAACAAGAAACUGCUAUGGCAUGGCUCGAGGACUACCAACUUCGCAGGGAUUAUCUCUCAGGGUCUGCGGAUUGCUCCACCUGAGGCUCCUGUCACCGGAUACAUGUUCGGCAAGGGUAUCUACUUCGCUGACAUGGUGACGAAGUCUGCUAAUUAUUGUUGCACAAAUAGCCAGUCUCCUACGGGCUUGCUUUUGCUAUGCGAGGUUGCUCUUGGAAAUAUGUACGAAAGGUACCAGUCAGAUUAUAUCGAGAAGCUGCCGAAAGGGAAACAUUCCACGCUGGGAUUGGGCCAGACCAUCCCUGACCCGUCAAAGGUUUAUACAACCGAAGAAGGUGUCGAAGUUCCUUACGGUCCACCUAUUGCUUCUAAUCUUAAGAAGAAAUCGGCUCUCUUGUACAAUGAGUACAUUGUGUAUGACGUGGCCCAGGUUAAGACGCAAUACUUGGUACGAAUGAACUUCAAGUACAAGGUUAAGUCCUACGUCUAAUUCAGUUCGUGAUGAUUCCCUUUUCGGGAGUUGUAAACGCAGAAAGAGGAAGAAAGAAAUUCCGCAACAGAUAAUAGAAGACAUUCAGAAGAACUUCGAUGGAAUUAUCUUAACACCUUAAAUUCCCUUUCGGUACUAACUAGCCAUUGUUAAGUUUUCUCAAGACUGGCAUUUAGUGAUUACAAGUGUGUGCACCGGUGCGUGAAAAUUUAAACCUCAAUCAUAUCUCUUAAAUUCCUGGCGAUGACUUUCUUCCUGUUCCUGAUUUCGUGCCCUCGACAUAACUCUGUUAGUGACUUAUGGUCCUGUCAUUUUGUAUAAAUACUUGUUGGAGGUGUCUCGUAGUACGAACACCUCCAUUUAGAUUUUAAGCGUUCUAACAGUUCCACAGAGCAUUUGCACCAAUGAAAAAGUAUAAGUGAGAUGUCAUCUUACACCCGUAACCGAGUAUCUAUUUAUAAGAUGCAUAUUCGCCAUUUAAU